UAAACGUUCCUGUAAAGUAUUCUUUGUUGUUGUUGUGUGAAAUACACCAGACAUGUCUUAUUGAUAUUAACAGGAUAGCUGACAUUGUCACGUUUAUCUGAAUUUAAUCAAAAUGAUAAUUGAUAUACUAGCUUUCCUUUAAUUUAAUACUUGUAUUAGAUAAAGAUAGUAAUUCGUACAAAGAUAACAAACGAAGAAUGUAAGUUUAUUAGCUAGUUUUAACUUACAGUGUGUCCUAUACAGUUGUCUUUAUUUACAUCAAACAUAAAUAUGAUGGAAAUGUCUGAGUUCCCAAAUAUAGUUCAGCUGAACGUUGGUGGACAAACAAUGGCAACAAAGUUAAGUACCCUUACAAAAGAUCCAAAUAGUCUGUUAGCAGCCGUAUUCACAGGAAAAGCUACAGUCGAGAAGGACAAUGAAGGGAGAUAUUUCAUUGAUUGUGAAAGCAAUAUCUUCGCGCUUAUUUUAGAGUUUCUUCGUUUCGGGACGGUACCACAACCCGAUAAAGCUGUUGAUGUGUAUAGGUAUGCUAAAAUAUUUCGACUUCAAGGUCUUAUGAAAACGAUGGACAAAUUUUAUCCAGUGCAGUUGGAGGACCGCAUGAGCAAGAUUUUCGAACAGUUUGAAGGUAAAAGAAGCGUUUACGAAGAGCUGAAGGACAAAGUAUUAAUUGACAUCUGUGACGUAAACUGUUUUGACAAUACAUUGAUACCAAUUGUAUUUAUUCUAAAUGAUGAAAAAGAGGCCUGUGGGAAAGAUCAUUCGCUUAUGGUUAGCUCCCAGCUUGCUAACAUUGGUGAAGUGAAAACAUUAAAGGGACUAUCAGACAGGUGCAUACCGAUGCAAACUCUAUAUAUUAACGACGCUAGAGAUAUUUCAAAAUGUCUAGCGUAUGAACUGUGUGGACUAGGUUAUUGCAAGCAGGGAUUUUAUUUUGAAGCCCUUACUGCUCAGAGUUGUAGAAAUCGUGCCAAUUGUGGUUUCUCAUGGAAAUUAGAAUUUGUUUAUUUGUCAAGACAUUAUUAUGUAGAGAAUAUUAAGUGGCUUAAACGACCAUAGAAUGCAAGAAUAUUCAAAUUUGGUACUGAAAGUGAUAUGUAGAGAACUAUAUCGAUUUCUUUGUUAUGAAUGAUAUACAAUGUAUUUAAAUAUUAAAAAUCGAAAGGAUUUAAGCAAAUUUGAAAAAGGUCGUUCUAUCAGCAAAUAAACAUGAUAAUCACAUUUCCUAUCCUCGGACAGUUGUUAACAAAUGAGAAGAAAACUGACUAAAACUCAGCUUAUUUACCUUGUUAUUUUGUUUGGUAUAUGCCAUGUCAAAACUAAUGAAGUACUUAAUAUAUGUACAGAAAUGAUAUCAAAUAUACUUCCAGUAUCAGUUCAACUUAUAAACUAUAUACAUAUCUAGGUAUGAUAUCAAA